UUCCUUUUAACAAACAAAUUUUUUUGAGCCAACGAAGAAAAGAAUUUUCAUUACUUUGCUUGUUUAUCAUGAACGGUAUUGCACCGUAUAAUAAAAAAAAUUUUUGUUUGUUUGUUUUCAUUUUUAGUUUAUUGAAUGUUCGGUCAUCAUUAAUCUCAUCCAGUAAUCAAUCCAUUUGGUCACCGAUAAACCAACAAACCGAAUUACCGAAAUGUUGUUUACAUAUUUUUCCAUUAAUAAUUUUACCAAAUAUUUUAUCCUAAUAUUUUUAUUUAUAUUUUUAUUAAUAAUAAUAUCAAAUGAACCAUUUGGUUUAUUUAAUCAUUCAAAUAAUAAUAACAUUGAUAAUGUUGAUUCAUCAACCGAAAUAAUAUUAGCUCGUUUAAGUAGAGCAAUGGCUGAAUUAACGGCACUUAAAUCACAAAAUGAAGAACUCCAUCAAUUGAUACAGAAUUUUAUUCCACAAUUAAAAUUGAAUCAUUUAGAUCGAACAUCAUCUUCAUUUCAAUCAUCUAAUAUUCAACAACAACCAAAACAACAACACCAACGAUCAUAUUUUGAUACAAUCGAUUCAUUGGAUCCAAAAUAUGAAUUUAGUCGAAGAAAAUUAACCAACGAUGUAAAUGAAUUAUGGAAUUAUAUUCGUUCAACCGAAACAGUUAAAUCUGAAAUGAAAAAUUUUGUGAAAGAAUUGAAAAAUAGUUUGCUAUUCGAUUUGGAUAUUAUCGAUAAACGUGAUGAAAAAUAUCGACAAAAUCGAUUGAAAUCACUUUCGAAUUAUAUACAGAAACAAAUCCACAAAUUACAAAAUCCAAAUGAUUGUAAGAUUGCUGAAAAAAUCGUUUGUACAUUGAAUAAAGGUUGUGGUUUUGGUUGUCAAAUUCAUCAUCUUUCAUAUUGUAUGAUUAUUGCACUUGCAACUAAACGUACAUUAAUAUUAAAUUCAAAAAAUUGGCGUUAUGUAAAUAAAAUUCAACGUUCACCGAUUAUCGAUAAGUUAUCCUCAUCUCAAUCAUCAACAACAACAUCAAUGUGGGAAUUGGCAUUCAAACCGUUAAGUCAGAAUUGUUUAGAUGAUUCAGGAACAUCACGUACAAAUUGGCUUAAUUCGAUUGAUCAUCAACAUUUUGAUGAACAACCGCAACUGCAACAUCGAAAUGUUCAAGUAAUUGAUUUACCAAUUUUAGAUUCAUUACGACCACGACCAUCAUAUUUACCAUUAACAAUUCCAGAAGAAAUAUCCUCAGAAUUGAAAUUAUUACAUGGUUCACCAUUUGUUUGGUUUAUUGGACAAAUUUUACAAUAUAUAAUGAAACCAUCCAAAGAAAUUGAACAAUUUCUUAAUGAGAAACGUAAACAAUUUCAAAUUGAACAACAACAUCCAAUUGUUGGUAUACAUGUAAGACGAACGGAUAAAAUUAAUACUGAAGCAUCAUUUCAUUCAUUAUCAGAAUAUAUGUUAUAUGUUGAUGAUUAUUUUGAUCGGUUAGAAUUGUUUCGAAAACGACAAAAUAAUGAGACAAAAACCAAACGUAUCGUAUAUCUGGCAACCGAUGAUUCAAGUGUUUGGAAAAAAGAAGUACCAAAAUUUGAAUCAAAAGGCUAUACAUUUAUUGGUGAUUCGGAAAUUUCCAAUACAGCAAGCGUUAAUCGUCGAUAUUCAUUUGAUUCGCUUAAAAAUAUUAUACUUGAUGUUUGGAUGUUAAGCGAAACGGAUUUUAUUGUUUGUACAUUUAGUUCACAAGUUUGUCGUUUAGCAUAUGAAUUGAUGCAAGCGAAAAAUCCUGGUGUCGAUAGAUCCAAAGAUUUUUUCUCACUUGAUGAUAUUUAUUAUUUUGGUGGUCAAAAUAGUCAUAAUCAGAUUGCUAUUCUGGAUCAUGAUCCAAUGAAAGAUUCAGAAAUUACUCUCAAGCGUGGUGAUAUUAUUGGAAUCGCUGGUAAUCAUUGGAAUGGUUAUAGUAAAGGUAUUAAUCGUGUCACACAACAAAAUGGCCUGUAUCCAGGAUUUAAAACCAAAGAAAAAAUUGAAACGGCUAAUUUUGAAUUGUUUAAAAAUUUUCAACAAAAAAAUUCUCAUCAUUCCGACAACGACGAAACGAAACCAAAUUAAUUUUUUUUCUCAAAUUUUUUUAAUUUAUUUUUAGAGUAAAAAAAUACUUAUUUGUUCAGACCAGGUCUAUCUCUUUGUAAAUAAUUUUUUAUUACUUUUGUUUGUGCAAUGUUUUUAUAAUUUUGU